UCAUAAAUACCUCUUUAAAAUAUGUCAUCAAAACAUAUUUAGACAUUCUGUUUAGAUAUUUCGGGAAAAAGGCUACCGACAAAAUCUCUUCGGAACUAUUAAAAUAAAAUAGUUUUAUUCCGCAGAUUGUGGUUGACCCGGAAACCUUGGCCGCAUAGAUGAACUUGAUGGCUCAGCCGAGAGGGGAGGCUUUGCUAAUAGCCCGAGUGUUACCGAAGAAAGCCCAACAGCCAAAGAAAAUCUGCGUCGUCAGUGCAUCUACCACCGGAUUGGAAUCGUUAUCCACUGUGAAAAUGCGGCAAGAUGCUUAGUGGGCUGAUACUACGCUAAGUAUCACCUCGAACUCUUCAGCAAAUGAAACGAGUACGAUGACGUUGACGAAUUGCCAGACUUGGAUAACUUACUUCAGUGUCCAGUAUGUUAUGAAAUCCCUACAGGUCAUAUUUUCCAAUGCAAUGAAGGUCAUAAUGUAUGUGGCAGAUGUAAAGUUCGGCUUUCUGUCUGCCCGGUAUGCAGGGCACUAUUUUUUGGAACCAGGAACUAUGCCAUGGAAGAGCUCAUUGCAAAUGUCCGGAAACUAAGAGCUUUUAAAUUAGGUGGAAAAGUUACAAGAGGAUUAUUAGCUUCAGAUAGUAGUAGUACACCAGCAAGAGACAGUGGAUCUGACAAUGCAGAAUAUUUGGGUGAAGAUGAAAAUAACGAUAAUCAAAAUUCAGUAGUGGCCCCUAACCCAUGUAAAGGACUUUUUCGUUGCCUCUGCUGCAAGAAUGGGAAUUCCAUCAGACUUCCAGCAGCUCGUUUACUUAACCACCUUCGCUACUUUCAUUCUCCAGAACUUUUAGAGGGACGAGCAGAAGGCGGUGAAUACCUUCAAGCAUGGCAGAUCUCCACCACUCUUGGGAAAUUAGUAACUGCAAUCAAAAUUUCAAACAUGGGCAUAUUUUUCUUAACCAUUGAAAUAUUUUCAGAUAAUAUUUUGUAUGCUUGGUUGACGAUGGCUGCAUCACCUUGGGUAGCAAAUGGUUUUAGUUACACAGUUACCAUAUCUGGCAAUGACCGGGAAGCUAUAUUUAUUGACAAUGUGUGGUCGGUCAGAUCAUGUGAAGGAUCAUUAAAAAAGCGUGGGCAUUGUUUGCUUGUGAGCGGGUCCGACGCACGUGCAUUAACUGCGCCAGAUGUCAUAAAUUGCAAGUUGUCCGUGCGAUGUUCACCGCCCAAUCAGAUCGCGGAGCAGACACAGCCUCGCUCCGUGCUACGGGUGGCCAAUCGCAGCACUAGAGACUCUGUGCAUUCCCACACCGCUCAUGAUUUGGAGCCUUUCCUCCAAGACCUACAGAACGACGUCGUGAGACUGUCUCGUGCUUUUGCUACGCUCGGUCGCGAUGCUAAUGCUUUAGUGCGCUCUACGGCUGACCCGCAACCUAGACCUCAAAUCCGUUCAAACCUACCCGCCGAUGAACUUGCACCUACGGCUCCAGAAGAAGCAUCUACUUUACAAAAUGACGGGCCCGACACCACCGUACGCGUACUAUCCCGUAAUGCGCGAAGACGCAUGCGCCAAAGGCUCAGAGCAGCUUUAGAUGAACCACAACUUCAAUCCGAAUCUACUUUGUUGAAUAACAGAUCUGGUCCUGCUCAAGUACAAUUUAUUCCUGUACCUAAUAAUCACGUCGCACACAGGACAGGUUUCGCUGUAGUGCAAUCGCCUAAUGUAACUCCGAAUGUUCCUCCCCCAAUAAGUGGACCCUCCAACGGCCAACCCCGCGAGAAUAAUGCUAGUUCUCGAGGUAGCAAUAAAAAGAAACGUAGGUAAACUGACAUUGGUACUUUUAAGUCAUUCUUAUUAAUUACUAUUAAAAAAAAUAUUCUCAUCGCUAGUGACUGCAUGCAACUUGUAAUGAUACAUUUUAAAACGGAGUAGUUAUUAUAUUGCUUAUUUCAACUAUUCAAAUUAAUGAAAUUUUGCAAUUGCUAUUGAUAUUGGCUUAAAUGGUUCAGCAUAUAUGACAUAUGGAAUACUUUAAUUAAUUGUAUUCAUAGACUUUAAUUGACAAAUAAUGCAGUAGUGCAUUAUGUCUAUAAUUAUAAUGAAAUGUGACUUAAAAAUGUAAUAGUGCUAUUGAUUUUUUUGUAAUUGUUACAUUAUUCAUAGUAAUAAUUGUCAAUUGUAGAUAAUGUCCGGUAUUUGUAUACAAAACAAAACAAGAAAUUUACGAAAUAUA